AUGUCACCGCCUGUAACCCGCCCAGACCUCAACCGUUGCAAGGCCAACGACCUGGUCAUUGACAUCGGCGGCAGCCAGCUUGCCGAGUCUCUGGGUUCCAUGAUCACAACCCGCAUGCUCAACCCCAAGAAGCAGUGCGUGCUGCCGUCAGCAUUGCUCUCAGACGACAACGGGGGCUCGCUGUGGCGACAGAUCAAUAGGCUGCCGUCGUACUACCAAACUAGUGACGAGAUCUUGCUUCUUGAGGUCCAUGGGGAUGAAAUCGCGGAUCUUAUCCAACCCGGAACCAUGAUAAUCGACCUCGGAUGUGGAGAAACCCGCAAAGUCCGCCCGCUGCUCAACAGUCUAGAGCGCGCAGCCAAGCGCGUAGACUACUACGGGCUGGACCUCUCCCUCGCCUCUCUCCAAAUCGACAUGCGCAAUCUCGCAUCCGAGUUCACUCACGUGCGCUGCCGCGGCCUUUGGGGCACCUUCGAUGAUGCAUUACGCUGGUUAACACAACUGAAGUCGGACAAUUCGCCCCGGCGCCCUCGGUGGCUCCUAUCCCUCGGCUCAAUCCUCGGGAACGACUUCCCUGCGCCAGCCACAGCCCACCUCGCACGGUGGGCAUCCACUAUGGGUGAUAAUGAUCGCAUGCUCCUGGGUAUGGAUGCCACCAACGACAAGCAGCGUAUCUGGGAAUCGUAUCACGAUCCUGCCGGCCUGUUUGAACGUUUCAUGCGUGGUGGGCUUGAGCAUGCGAACAGGGUCAUGGGCCACGAUUGGUACUGGCCCCAGGACUGGGAAGUCGCCGGUGUGUGGUCCAAAGAGUAUUGCAUGCAUCGGUUUGUCUUCCGCGCCCUCGUGGAUGUGAAGUGCGAUCCUGCCGGUGUCGAUUUCCCCGCUGGUCAUGAAAUCGAUUGUUACGAAGCCUUCAAGUACAGCCCUGCCAAAAUGGGUCCCAUGGUUCAAGCUGCCGGACUUCAGCAGCAGACUAUCUUCAAGGCUCCAGGCUCAUCGGCGAUUUCUCACAGAGAUUGGUGA